GGCCGCGGGGCAGCGGCCGGUGCCGGGGCGCGGAGAGCCCUCGCCGGGGCGGCGGCGGGCGGGGGGAGAGCCGAGGAGCGGAGGUGCCGGACUCCCGCCCGACGGAGCCCCCAGGAUUACAAGGAAUUGCGUGCUUGUUCCCAGAGGCGAGCGAGGGUUAUCCCCAAGAGCCAACCUCCUUCGCGCCCUGCUGCCCAAAACAAUCCCUUGGAGUGUUGAGAAGACAGGGGGGCUUUCGGGACCAUGGCAUCGACAGAAGGUGCCAACAAUAUGCCUAAGCAAGUAGAAGUGCGGAUGCAUGAAAGUCACUUAAGUCCAGUGGAGCACAGAUCCAGGAACAUAUGUGUGCAGUUCUGCCAGUCGCUCCACAGGAAUCUGCUCCUGACUCUGACUGUGUUCGGUGUUAUCCUGGGUGCACUGUGUGGGGGUCUUCUUCGUCUAGCAACACCUAUUGACCCUGACAUCAUCAUGUUAAUAGCCUUCCCAGGAGAUAUACUUAUGAGGAUGCUAAAAAUGCUGAUCCUCCCUUUAAUUAUCUCCAGUUUAAUCACAGGACUGUCUGGUUUAGAUGCUAAAGCAAGUGGCCGAUUGGGUACAAGAGCCAUGGUCUACUACAUGUCCACCACUAUUAUUGCUGCUGUGCUGGGCGUGAUUUUGGUUUUAGCCAUCCACCCAGGGAAUCCAAAACUCAGGAAACAGCUUGGUCAAGGGAAGAAGAAUGAUGAAGUAUCUAGUCUGGAUGCUUUCUUGGAUCUGAUCCGAAACCUGUUCCCUGAAAAUCUAGUCCAAGCAUGCUUUCAGCAGAUCCAAACUGUCACCAAGAAGGUGCUGGUGCCACCACCCAUUGAAGAACCACCUAAUGUCACCGACUCUGCUUUUGCUAUGAUGAAUGAGACAGCACCACCAGAAGCCCAGAUGAUCAUUAAGAAGGGACUUGAAUUUAAGGAUGGCAUGAAUGUCCUGGGUCUGAUAGGAUUCUUUAUUGCUUUUGGCAUUGCUAUGGGGAAAAUGGGAGAACAGGCCAAGAUGAUGGUGGAUUUCUUCAACAUCCUGAAUGAGAUUGUAAUGAAGUUAGUAACUAUGAUCAUGUGGUAUUCCCCUUUGGGCAUUGCUUGCCUCAUCUGUGGAAAAAUCAUUGCAAUCAAGGACUUAGAAGUAGUUGCUAGACAACUUGGCAUGUACAUGGUCACUGUGAUUGUGGGUCUUGUCAUCCAUGGAGGGAUCUUCCUGCCUCUGCUCUACUUUGUGAUAACAAGGAAAAGCCCAUUUUCAUUCCUUGCUGGGAUUUUCCAGGCAUGGAUCACAGCACUAGGCACAGCUUCCAGUGCUGGAACAUUACCUGUCACAUUCCGGUGUCUUGAAGAAAAUUUAGGCAUUGAUAAGCGUGUAACAAGGUUCGUUCUUCCUGUGGGAGCAACUAUUAACAUGGAUGGAACUGCCCUCUAUGAAGCUGUGGCUGCCAUCUUCAUUGCACAGAUGAACGGAAUUGAGCUGGAUGGAGGCCAGAUAGUUACUGUGAGUUUGACCGCCACCCUUGCAAGUGUGGGAGCUGCCAGUAUUCCCAGCGCAGGACUCGUCACUAUGCUUCUGAUCCUCACGGCAGUGGGUCUCCCUACCCAGGAUAUCAGUUUGCUUGUUGCUGUUGACUGGCUUUUGGACCGGAUGAGAACGUCAGUCAAUGUAGUGGGGGAUUCUUUUGGUGCUGGCAUUGUCUACCACCUUUCCAAGGCAGAACUUGACACCCUUGAUUCCCAUCAUAAAGGGCAUGAAGACAUUGAAAUGACCAAGACUCAGUCAAUCUAUGACGACAUGAAAAAUCAUAGGGAAAACAACUCAAACCAAUGUGUUUUUGCAGCUCACAACUCAGUCAUAGUAGAUGAGUGCAAGGUAACACUGGCAACUAAUGGCAAAUCUGCAGACUUCAGUGUUGUUGAAGAAGAGCCUUGGAAACGUGAAAACUGAAGGAAGAAAUUCCUAGCUCCAUCUUUAAUAAGCCCUGAAGCUAUCUUCUGGCAAAAGAUAUCACAAUUAAAGAAGAUUUUUCUUUUUUCUAUUUAACAUCUACAGUUUCUGCUUACUUAAUUUCUUAAGUGAAACUUAGCAAAGAUCUCGUCACGUCAUUGUAGUGUCUUUGCCAAGCAAUGAUCCAUAACCAUCUGUCUCCCUUGUGGUUACUGUUUGGAUGAUGCAGCUGGAGAAUACUCCAUGCAGCGCAGUGUGCUCUCACCCGCCUCCUCUUUCAUUCAAGACACAGAGAAUGUAAAUGCUGCAAAAUGGGAAGAUCAAAGUGCCAGUACGGUUCACUACAGGGACUCAGGGUCACAAAUACAAGAGAAACAUAACACCACGUAAACCUUCAAGUGUUUUGGUGACUCUUGUGGCAUACCUGAUCUAUUUAGCACUGUAUGGCUAAAAUAUCUUUUGAAAAUGUCCAUAAAAAUUUCUAUUUGUUUUAAUAAGAUCAAGCACUGUAUUUUUGUGCCUAGUUGUACUUUAAACCGAACUUAGAUCCAGGGGCAAGAUUAAUUAAUGUAUAGAAGUCAAUAACUGUUUGUUAAAUCAGUACAACUAAUACUUAGCAUCAAGACAAGACCUUAGAUUUGUAUGUGCAUGUGAUAUGUUUUCAUCAGCUGUCCCAGGGCAGGUGCAGCCCUUUUUUUUGUGAUGGGGCUGUGCUGCUUUGUGACCACAAUGCAUCAUAUAAUACAAGACAGUAUUGUUGCAGGAGUGGUAGUUCCUUCACUAAAUCUAUGCCUGAUGUACAAAAUACAGAAUGCCACGGGCUCAGUUAAUGCUAUUCUUAAUCAAAGUAGGUAGCACCUUACGACUCACCCUGCUCCACUGAUGUUGGAGAGAUUCCAUAUGUGGACAGGACUACUCAAGUAAGAUACUACUAAGAUUGAUCAUGGAUGUUUUGAUUGAGUACUUAAUAAUGAGCUAUAAACAAAUUCUGAAUCCAUUACUCUAAGAAAUAGAGAGGUUUUAGAUGUGAUCAUCGGUAGCAUUUGGUAUGAAGUGAAAGCCAUCUUUCAGUUAUAUGUCCUAUUUCAGAGACUGGCUAAAUCCUGAAUUCAUUGCUAAGCCAAAUUCCAUAUAAGGUUAAUAGAAUUUGGCCAGGGUUAGGACUGAAUGAAGAAUAAAUCAGAAUUUCAGGGUUUAGAUCAGUACAUUGAAUAUACAAUCUCUCUUUCUUUUGCAGAGUAACAAUUCAUGUAGCUCUCUAAUGUGAGAGAAAUGUUUCUUAGAGCACAUGGCGUCUGAAUUAACAGGAUGGUGUUUUGUAAAUAUAGUACAACUGACUCACCCUGUCAGAAGAAAUUACAGUCACAAUAAUCACCCUGUGAAGUGUUUUUAAAGGUGCUUGUUAAUACUCAGCAAUUUUAAGACACUGGUGAAUGCCAUUACACUAUUAGCAAUGUUCUAUAGCAAAGCUGAGCCACGUGGCCUUGGAGGCUCGACCCACAGAACAAGCUUUGUGCAAUUUUGGGGGGAGCUCUCAGGGGUUCUCAGAACGAAUCAGAAUAUCAGCAUACAGUGAACUUAGAAAGUGGCAGAAAACAGAGCUGAAACAUCUUGUGUCUGUGCUCAGACCUGUUGUGGGUUUGAACAGGAAUAAUGUGUUUAACUGUAGAGUGGUAUCUGGCUCUGUAGAAGCUAUUAAAAUAUAAAUAUAAUCUGCUUUUGCUCAUCUGCAUUCAUAUAAAUAUCUCCAAACAUGCAUAUGGACCUGAGCCAGCCAAGGCUACUUGCAUGAUUAAUGAUGUGCAAGAUCAAGUCCAUUGUCAGAGUACCCCUCAUUUAAGCAUUUGUUGUUAUGGAAUUUUCUUGCCGUUGUACUUUUGUCCUCACUUGCACGCCAUGGCUACGGUCCUAAGCAAAAUGGCCUAUAUAAUUUAACAAAUAUUGAACCACUGUGAAUUCUGUAGGCCUCUAACAUGUAUUAGAGGUGGAGACCUUUUCCAGAGGCCUCCUGAAGCAUCUUAAGGAAUUUUUUUUUGGUGAGAAAUGGAAUUACAGGAUAUUCAGAGAAGUGGUGCACAGGUUACCUUCUCUUUUCUUCAUUCAUUGGUUCAUCUGGCAUAUCCAGAGUUAACCUAUAGCUAGCUGCUGCUUCUCUGAAUUUGCAUUUGAAGACAUUUUUACCACUGGGUUAUGUGCCAGAAAUUUUCCUGGGAUGGUGUGUGGGUACUCUAGAAUGUUCCCUAGUCUGAGUGUGCUGGCUCACAUCAAGUGAAAUUUGCUGUGACUUGGGUGGUAGAUAUAUCCAAGAAUAACAUGCAGUGUUUACCCCGGUUUAUAUCCAGCAUUCUCUAGCUGUUUCAUGGCACAGCUCGCUCAUUAAUAGAAUUUCCAUCCUCUUCACUGUAGCAGUUUCUUAGGAGCAGCCACACUGAUUGCCUGCCUUGAAAGUAGCUUUAGGAAACUGUCAUACGGUUUUAGCUGUCAUUCGAAACUGUUUAGCAGUUGGAAACAAAUAGGAAUGCCAGCAACAAUGUGACUCGGCAGCUCCACAAAAUUACAUAUUGAGAAACACUUUGAAUAUGCUUUCACUUACCCACUUGGGAUGUAUUGUCCUUUGAAGAGUGCUUCUUUAGAUGGAGACUAGGUGAGGAAGGAAUAAGAUACUAGAGAAACCCCACCCACACAAGGGAGAAUAAAUUUGGGUCUUUUGAUAGGACUAGAAUAGCAGACUGUGAUUUUAAAAUAGUAAUUCUGUAGAUACAGUAACUCAGGGACGUUUCAAAAGAUAAUUACGAUGGUAUUUCUAUAUUUAAAUGUGGAUAUAAGAAAAGGAGAAAUGUUUUUGGUAAACUCCUCUGCUUUUAGCCUGACUGAAUAUUUAAUGUAGUGUUACUUCAGCGCAGCACUGUAUUUAACCAUCAAAAAGCUUUCAGUUUCUCUGGGAAAAUGUAACACACUCUUGGCUUGCAUUUCUCGAUUUGCUCAUUCCACAUGAGGCUGUGUUGCUACUUAACUAAAUAAACAGAAAAUAACCCAGGGACCGGCCACUUCAGCUAAUACAGGGUUCACGUUUCAGCAGGCAGUGUUGGUUACUGACCAGUCUCUUUUUAGUUUUCACUAGGAAUGUUGCUGCAUUAAUUUUCAUCUGGCAAAUUUUUUGUAUUUGUUUGCAGUGCUGGGGUGGCAAAGUUAAAGCAUGGUGGAAAGUGAUAUGUUUUCUGUGUCAUUCCUAAGCAAAUUAACAUUUCUUUCUACAUUCAUCUCAUUUGCUGCUCUGUUGGUUCCCCCCGCCCUUGGCUGUGCAACUGUGCCAUCCUUUGCCCUUUGGAUUGCUGACAGCACACUGGCACAUGGAAAAGUCUAGACCAGGCGAAGGCUCAGUUAAUUGCAUGCUUAAUUAAGUACAUGCUUAUGCAUCUGCUUUAUGCACUUACUGCUGAAGGUAGGUCAGCUUUCUCUAAAUAUCUGUUCGCUGGAACUAAAGCACACUGUACGUUAAAACUGCAGAAGAGGUGGAGCAUUUUGCUGCUGAAUUGGUUUCUUCAUUGCUUCCCUUAGAACACAAAGGCUGCAUCAGCACUAGAAACAUGCAUGGGUCUUAUACACAAAGGUGCUUCAGAUAGGUGGGGGAUAAGCCAUUUGAACCAUAUUAUGGGAUGUGGUCCUUCCAUUUGAAUCGGUGAGAAACUCAGUAUGUCUUUGAAAAACUGUUUGCUGUAGUAAAACCUGUGCCUGCAAUGCUCUGACUACAUGAAAGCCCCACUGAAAUCUAUGGGAGUCACGGGCUUCCAGGAAAGGUCAAGUCCUUUCCUGUCUCCAUUAAGCUAUAAGGCAUUUCACAAUCCCAUCCUAGGGAAUAGUCUUUGUCUGCUAUGUAUAAUGACAUUGAUUCUCACAUCCAAAAGUUUUCUGCUAAGAUGAUGCUUUUUUUCCUAAUUGUUUCUAUGCUACAAGUCCAGCAAUGGAUUUAAAACUCAGCACAAAAAUAAGGGUACCUAUCAUUAAAUUUUUUUCUCUUUCUCCCUUGAGAUACAGCACAUCUCCAUUUCUUUCUCAAAGCACAUGGCAUUCCAAACUUUACGCCACUAUAAAAUGUACAAGUAAUACAGAUUUCUGAUUUGUUUUCCGUCACUCUCAGGGCCAUUAGUUUUCCAGCAGUAGAUACUCAGAAGAGCAGACUGUUCAUCUGAGGAGCUGCAGCAGCAGUGUUUGAACAAAUUUAUUCUGGCAACUGCCUGAAUUUUCUUUGCUUCCUCGCCUUCACUUGUGUUGUUUGCAGCCUUGUUGUAGCAACACAGCAACAGUCGCACAAAUCCCCAAAACCAUAGGCAGUAUUACACCUCACCUCUGACAUUCGCUUCUGUAAUUAUCUUUAAAAAGUCUCUGAGCUUUAGCACUAGGCUCAGAAGAAUACUUUUGUGAAGAUGUAAAGAUAUAAUUGUUUCUUUCUCAUUUCAUUAAGUUCCAUUCAUCUAUUUUUAUUGCUGCAUUUGAAUUAAUCUACAGAAGGAUAAAUAAGGGCACUUUAUAAAACUGUACUGUAAUAUUAUUCUGUUAUGAGCCAGAAGACUAUCCUUGGUUUUAUUACUGUGACUUCUAAGGCCACAAUUAAGAUAUUUUUCCUAAUAGUUAUUAUGAUAGGUGUGUAGUCCAUUGGGACAAUUCACCUCAGCUAUAAAUCACCAUAUAAGACUAUGUAAAAGCUCCUAUUCCCAGCAGAAAGCACUCUUGGGAAGAUGAGUUAUUUUAUUCUCUCCUAUCAUACUGAUGACUUUGAAGGAAAAAUAUGUACCCAAUUUCCUUUGUCUGAGUAAUGAUAUAUAGAGAGUGUAGCUUCAAGUAAUGGAAAAAAAAAAAAAAAAAAGGGUUUGCAAUACUGAAGUGUCAAAGAAGGCUGUCCAACUGUAAACAAAUUGUUCAGCUUUGCCAUGUUAUUUUGGGAAGCAUUAUGUUCUUGCUCACAAUUUACCUGAAACAAUGUAUGUAGUAUAAAUUCCUUCCAAGCCAUUGAUCUUUCUCACCACAUAGCCAGCAAGGCUGUGUCUCUCUGUGGCCCUCAAAGCACAGACUCUGCCAUUCUGCACACCUAAGGCAGGGAGGGCUCUGAUAAAGUCCCCAGCAGUGCUGUCUGGGGACAGACUGGACAGUGGGUGCCUCCUUCAUUCUUUCCUCCUGGUCGUGUUUGAUAUACAAUUGAAAUCUGCUGUUAUGAAUGAGUCAAACUGCUGCUGAUGUCCAGGCAUUGCUAAUCUUUUUACUUCUUGUCUGACUGGGCUCCCUGGCACAAGGCUCUGAGGAAAUCAUCCCUCACAUGUGCCCACCAUCCCAGAGACAUCUUCCUCUGCUCGGGGGAAGCCUGGUGACUUCCCUCUACCAUGAUGAUACAAAUCCUAGUGGAUAAGGUGUUUGUGCAAUUGCAACUACAAGUCUUACAGAAAAUCCAGGAUCCAAACAUUGAAAAAACCUAAAGCAUAUGACUGAGCCACUGAGUAGGUCUCUAUUAGUCCAGGAUGGAAAUAACCAACAGGCUAAUGAGGGAUUUGGGGAGGCAAAAAGACUUGUGACAUUUCUCACUUCACCCGACCUUUCAUUCCCUUUCACUUCUAGCUACAUUCUGCUGCAGAGCCAAAGCCAAUCGAUGCCAGAGUGUCCAAUCCUUCUAGUCUGAUUUUUCAAAAUUCAGGAGUCCUGCAAUUGUUUUUAAUGAUGCUCUAUGGCGUACACCAUUACAUGAAGGGAAACUGUUGUAGGCAGCAUCACACAACCUGAAUUGCAUGGUACCUGUAUAUUGCUUUGUAAAAUAAAUAGUAUAGUUUGCAGGGAUUUUUGUAUCAUUCUUUUCUAUUUUUUUCUACAGUUUUUCAAAGACUGUGUGCAAACUGUGUUUACGAAUUGAUUUUGCAGUCGGUAUUGUAGACUAUAGCAUUUCCAUUUUGGUGUUUUGUAUGGGCUUGUGAGUUCUUGUAUACUACAGGUUGUCCUUCCUUCUUAAAGUCAAUUGCAUAUGCUUCCAUCCAGCACAACCUGAUCUUUUCUUAAAUAUAUCCCAUUUCCUAUGAUCUGGUGUGAACUCUAGUUUGUAGAAUGCAUGAGAAAAAGCUGCAUAUGUAUUUAUAUUGUUAAAUAUUAUAUGCUGAAUGCCGAUGUAGUUAUUAAUACAGGUUUUAGGGGUUUGUACAUGUUCUCUGGAAACUACAGUGUAGACUGAACUAAAUUACCUAGUAUCUGUAAUUUACAGACACACUAAUAUUUUCUUACAGUGUUUUCUAUAUGACCAUAAAAGGUAGGGGAUUAGUCCUUUAAAGGUGAUAUGUACCUUAGAACAAAACGAGUUUCUUAUAACAUUUAGGAUCAAUGAAAUAUUUUUGUGUUAUGUUUAGGGAUGCAUUAUAAACAAAGCACAAAAUGCAAGGAGCAAAUAGGAAUUUCAAGUUGUCCUUAAAUGCUGCAGUUCAUUAUGGAACAAUGUUGUAAUAAUCUGAACAAUCUUCUAGAUUGACUGCCUUGGGCAAUCGUCCCUCAUUUUUGUCAUUUUUCCUGGUGUUACCUUUGCCAAAUCUGGCAAUUCUUUCUUAGGGUCUGACCAUAUAUAAUUGACUGACUCAGAAUACAGUUUAUAGAAAACUGGAGAUCUGGACAGGCAAAAAAUAUGCUAUCAGGUACCCAGUCCAUCUUUCUAUGAUACAGUGUAUAUGUGUUCAGCCUGGGGAAAGAGUUCGUGAUUUGGGUGGGCACCUACCUUUGCCUUCUUGAAAAGGGACCAACAGAACCACCAUGGGACCAAUGUAAUUGGGUAGCAUCGCACAAAAUACCUCCUGCUUUCUUAUGUAUUUUAAAGAGAACAACCGCUAUAUUUUUUGACCAGGAAAAGUGAGAGUUGCUUCUUUAUUAUGGUCAUCUGUUCCCAUUAGGCAAAUACCUGUUGGCAUUAAGGCCGUGGCUGUAAUAAUUUCUAUUUAAUUAACAAGGAACUGUUUUAAGAGGAAUAAAAAUAAUAUAAAUAUUCAUAACAAUUAUAUCACAAAAAAUAUAUAGAUAUUAUGGCCUACUAGCUCUUUGACUGUGAUUCAAAACAAAGAAAACAUUGACUAGCAAGUACUGCUGUCCCAGUGUGACUGAUACUUCUCUUCCACUAUUCAGAAAUCUGUGGGGCCAUGUUAUUCUGCUGACAUUUUGGAAACUAAAUUUAUAGUAGAUAUACAUGUAGGAAGUGUGUUGAUACACCCUUGUAUUUUAAUCUUCUAUUUUAAAUCAGAUGUACCGGGUAUUAUCUUAAUAGGAACUGCAGGUAGAGUAGUGUUGAAUUACUAAUAGCUGUAAAACCUUAUUGAUACCAGUUUUGAUGUUUUGUUGAAGCAUGAUGUCCAGUGCCUCUCUGCACUUAGUGUAGAUAAUGUAGCUAUCAACAUGUAAUUUCAGUGAAAUGGUGUAUACAGUAUGUGUAGCAGUGCUUUAAUUUAAUUUAAUUGGUUUCUGUGUAUUGAGCCAUAGUAGAAAAUGAGACCGUCCUUUAAAAUUUUGUUCUACUUUCUGUUUUUCAUUUGUGUCUGGGUUUGUUUCCUUUUGACCUUUCAGCCCAUUAGGUUCCACAGCUUAGUAACUGCUUUAUUUGUCUAUUAUGGAGUAUCCUGCUCUGAUAACAUUCAACAUCAUAAAUGCAGCCAACUUAUUGUAAAUAUGUUAUUUUUAGUUUUCAGCUAUCUAACCAGUGUGGUAUGUGUUAGUACCUGCAUGUGUGUAGUUCCCUGGCAGUGAGUGAAAGUGAUUCCAGCAUAGAUUUGCUGCCUUGUGAAUGCGGUUGUUAUGACCUUAAGAAUUAACGUUCACCUAGAAUGGUUAGUUCCUGUUUUAUUUUCUUCUUGUUUGCUUGAAAUGUUGGGACUCUCUAUCACCAGAAAUUAGUAAGUCACUCUUUGAACUGGCACAGUGAAUCAGGGGAAAUCCAUCUAACUGCAUUCCUUCCGGAUGUCCUGGCUGACUCGUUAUGCACUGCGCAUCAUUCAGCCCUGAGUCACAUCACGGCAUCGCAGGAUCGCUCUGAGUCAUUUCCAGUUCCUCCUCGAGCACAGACGCCGGCAGAGCAAGCACAGUCCCACGACUGGGACAGGGCAAGGUUGCAGCCAGGUGCGGCUGCCACUUCUCUCCAGAGCACCCGAGAAGUCAAAGCAGGAACCUCUGCCUUGUCCCCUCAGCAGGAACAGUCUCUGAGUGAAUACACUCAUGAGCAAAGGUGCACUCUUUCUUGGAUAUCAAUAGUUACUGGAAAUUAAAUGCAAAGCUAAAUGCUUCUCUCUCAAGCUACUGUGGUUGUUGUACAGGCCUGUUGUUUAAAAAAAGUAUGAUCAUGAAACAAAUAUGUCAACUAUGUAGUCAGUGGCAAAAAUCUUCUGAAAUCAGGGCUACAGUUCAGAUCUGUGAGAAAAUAAGACCUUUCUGGGGCAAAACCUGAAGGUGGUUCUGAAAGAGCUUGGGACAGCAAGAAGAAACUAGUUUGUUCCUAGAUGCCCCGGGCUUGCAUGUCAUAAAUAUAAUCAUCCCCUGUAAGCAGAAAGAGAUCAAACUCAGGCCCUAAAACACAGGCAGUAUCCUGCUUGGUGAGUCCCGUUACGUGGCUUCGGGAUGAAUUGCACACUCCAGUACCGUGCACUGCCUAUUCAUCAUCUCUAUGCCCCUCUUAAAAGCGACCAGGCAUGAGGUCGAACCUUUUGAGACGUUUCAUGUAAAAGAGAUAAAAAAGGAAGAGAGAUAAGGUUGAUCUUUUCCUUGCACUCAAAAAGUUCCCCAGAUUUUGAAAUGACAUACUGUACAGUAUCUGUAGCACGGUUUGUUUAAAAACUAAUGAAUGCAGAUGAUAACAUUUCUCCCAACUCUGGGCUCUGUUCUUGUAUAUGGUAGUUGGAAUGCCUCAUUGACUGAGUCUAUUUUUGUAGUUCAGAUCCUUUCCUCCUUACAAUGAUUGGUAGUCAUUUGCUUUUAAUGCUUUCUUACGGUGUGCACCGAUUUCUGUAACUUUCAUGUAUAAAACAAACUAGACAUUCUUUCUGUAUUGGAAAUAGUAGUGAAUAUAAUAUUUCACUAAGUGUUGUACCUCUUAUGUACAUAUCAUCAAUAAAUGU